AUGAAGGCGUCCUGGAUCGUGUUUCUACCGUCUUUGGUAUCUGCGCACUACACAUUCCCGGUCUUGAACAAGACGCCAGACUGGUCUCAUGUCCGGCAAACAGCCAACGAUGGCUCCGCUGGGAACUUCCCCAUCACCGAUCUGGACUCCCCAAUGAUGAGAUGCUUCGAGAAGAGCGGCCAUGAGCCUGCAAGUACGCUUGACGUGCAAGCUGGUCGGACACUGACCUUCACGGCAUCGAAUGGACUCGGACACCCAGGGCCGUUCUUGCUGUAUAUGGCAAAAGUCCCUUCAGGCCAAAAAGCAAGCUCGUGGGAUCCGAGUGGGAAUGUGUGGUUCAAGAUCCAGGAAUAUGGUCCGAAGGUCACGGCCCAGGGCUAUCAAUGGGAGAUCAAUGGAUCAACCAGAGACGUGCCGGUGACGAUCCCGAAGGACGUACCGUCAGGAGAGUACCUGCUCCGGGUAGAACAUAUCGCGAUCCAUAUUCCGGAGACACCGCAGAUAUACAUCUCGUGUGGCCAGAUCAAUGUUCAAGGCGGUGGAAACGGCCAGCCUAAACCAUUGGUAGCCUUUCCCGGGGCGUAUUCAAAGAAUGACCCUGGAAUUGCCGUAUACAGGCAAUGGGACAGCGUGCCGUCGGAGAACGUUCCGAUGCCUGGACCACCAGUGUGGAAGGGUUAG